AUGUCUCUAAACGGUUCUUAUGUUUUAAUCUCUUUUUCAGGCCCUCCAGUUAAUGUCACAUGCAACAUAUUCAUCAACAGCUUUGGCUCUAUUGCAGAGACGACCAUGGAUUACAGAGUGAAUAUCUUUCUUCGCCAGAAAUGGAACGAUCCUCGCCUUGCGUACAGUGAAUAUCCUGACGACUCCUUAGACCUCGACCCUUCCAUGUUGGACUCCAUUUGGAAGCCUGAUUUGUUCUUUGCCAAUGAAAAGGGGGCCAACUUUCACGAAGUCACUACAGACAACAAAUUGCUAAGAAUUUUCAAAAACGGAAAUGUUCUCUAUUCAAUUAGAUUGACAUUAACGCUUUCCUGUCCAAUGGAUCUCAAGAAUUUUCCAAUGGAUGUACAAACAUGUAUAAUGCAACUGGAAAGUUUUGGGUACACAAUGAACGAUCUCAUCUUUGAAUGGCAAGAUGAGGCACCUGUACAGGUGGCGGAAGGACUCACUUUGCCUCAAUUUCUGCUGAAAGAAGACAAAGAUUUACGAUACUGCACUAAACAUUACAAUACAGGAAAGUUCACGUGCAUAGAAGUGCGAUUCCAUCUCGAGCGCCAGAUGGGAUACUAUCUCAUCCAGAUGUACAUCCCCAGUCUCCUGAUUGUGAUUCUAUCCUGGGUUUCAUUCUGGAUCAAUAUGGAUGCAGCUCCAGCCAGGGUGGCCCUGGGGAUAACUACAGUGCUGACGAUGACAACACAGAGCUCGGGGUCUCGGGCUUCAUUACCGAAGGUGUCCUAUGUCAAAGCUAUUGACAUUUGGAUGGCGGUGUGCCUCCUCUUUGUAUUUUCAGCGCUUCUGGAGUAUGCGGCUGUAAAUUUUGUAUCAAGACAACAUAAAGAACUUCUGAGAUUUCGACGAAAGAGAAAGAAUAAGACAGAAGCUUUUGCAUUGGAGAAGUUUUACCGUUUCUCAGACAUGGAUGAUGAGGUAAGGGAAAGUCGGUUCAGCUUCACAGCCUAUGGAAUGGGACCAUGUCUACAAGCAAAAGACGGCGUGACUCCAAAGGGCCCCACCCACCCUGUCCAGGUAAUGCCAAAAAGCCCCGAUGAGAUGAGGAAGGUUUUUAUCGACCGGGCCAAGAAGAUUGACACCAUCUCCCGAGCCUGCUUCCCGUUAGCCUUUUUGAUUUUUAAUAUAUUUUAUUGGGUUAUCUAUAAAAUUCUUAGGCACGAGGAUAUUCAUCAGCAACAAGAUUAAGUCUCUGGGGUA